AUGUAUUAGACUUUAGUUUGUUGGUUUAUUUUUCCUCUAAUAAAUUAUUAUAUCAAAUAUAUCCUUUAACUUAUACUUCAAUAACUCACUUAACAACAAAAAAAAAAUAGUUAAUGCAACCAAUUUGCCAAAUAAAUCCACUUAACCGAGAUUCUAAACUUGUUUACCUUGAAACAAAUAUCACUUAUUUCGAGUAAAAUUAUAAAUUUAAUUCUUAAUUAUUCUUUUUUUUAUCAACCUACCUUAUAAUACAAAAAAAAAUCCAAAAAAGAACACCCCACAGGCCACAAGCCCACCACCAACAGUGGACACGAUUUGCCAAACACUCCUUUAUCAAAUACAGCAGCCGGCCCUUUCUUUUUCCAUUGUCUUCAUCUACCAUCCUUAAAACCUUUCUCUUCAUCAACAAUGGCGGAAACCAUAACAACAACCUUCCACUCUUUAUCUUCCUCAAAUCCCAAUUUUUCUUCUCCCCAAAAACCCCUUAUUUCCCCAAAAUCCCCUUCAUUUUUCAAAUUGCCCACCACCCAUUCGACGAAAUGCCGCACUCAAUUCCUCACCUCAAAAUCUCAAUCUUUCAUCUCACCCAUCAAAUCUACCCCUUCUUCUUCAUCUUCAUCUCCAACCACUACAUUUCAUGGCCUUUGUUAUGUUGUUGGGGAUAACAUUGACACUGAUCAAAUUAUCCCGGCCGAGUAUCUCACUUUAGUCCCAUCAAACCCUGAAGAAUACAAAAAACUUGGGUCAUACGCUCUUAUUGGGUUACCAAGUUCAUACCCAAUUCGAUUUGUUGAGGAAAAUGAAUACCAAACUAAGUACUCAAUUAUUAUUGCUGGUGAUAAUUUUGGAUGUGGGUCAUCUAGAGAACAUGCUCCAGUUGCUUUAGGUGCUGCAGGAACUAAAGUUAUUGUAGCUGAAUCUUAUGCUAGGAUUUUCUUUAGGAAUUCUGUGUCAACUGGGGAAGUUUAUCCUUUGGAAUCAGAAGUUCGGAUUUGUGAGGAGUUUAGUACUGGAGAUGUGGCUACUAUUGAGCUUGAAGAGAAUAAGUUGAUUAAUCAUACUACUGGAAAAGAGUAUACUUUGAAAAGUAUUGGUGAUGCUGGUCCUGUUAUUGAAGCUGGUGGGAUUUUUGCGUAUGCUAGGAAAGCUGGGAUGAUUGCUGCUGCUUCAAAUUCUUGAGCUUUGAACUUUGUUGGGUUACAUCGGGCACAAAAUGAAAAUAAGCUUAUUUGUUGAUACAGUACUCAUCAAUAAAUUCUGAAAACUCUUAAUUUGUGUGUAUUAGAUUUGUGGUUUUAAUAUGUUUAAUAAGUGUUCCAUUAGAUUUUCACAUGGAAAAAUGUUUGAAAGUUUGUAACCAAUGCACUUGCUUCGUCUUUUUUUUUUUUUUUUUAAAAAUUAUCUAAAUGAAAUAAAUUUAUCAAGUUUAGUGCUUGGUUGA